CUCUCUUUUUUAGUUACCUUAUAGCAUUUCUAUACAUUGCAGUCCUGGCCAGAGAACACAGCAGUGCUGCAAUUUUGGAAUCCAUACACUUAUUCACUAUAGUGACUAUACUGUACUGAACAAAAUAUAAACGCAACAUGCAACAAUUUAAAAUAAUUUACUGAGUUACAGUUCCUUAUAAGGAAAUCAAUCAAUUGAAAAAAAAAAAUAGGCCAUUAUCUAUGGAUUUCACAUGACUGGGAAUACAGAUAUGAAUCUGUUGGUCACAGAUACCUUUAAAAAAGGUAGGGGCGUGGAUCAGAAAACCAGUCAGUAUCUGGUGUGACCACCAUUUGCCUCAUGCAGCGCGACACAUCUCCUUCACAUAGAGUUGAUCAGGCUGUUGAUUGUGGAAUGUUGUCCCACUCCUCUUCAAUGACUGUGUGAAGUUGCUGAAUAUUGAUCAGAACUGGAACACGCUGUUGUACACGUCGAUCCAGAGCAUUCCAAACAUGCUCAACAUGUCUGGUGAGUAUGCAGGCCAUGAAGGAACUGGGACAUUUUCAGCUUCAAGGAAUUGUGUACAGAUCCUUGCGACAUGGGGCUGUGCAUUAUCAUGCUGAAACAUAAGGUGAUGGCGGCUGAUGAAGGGCACGUCAAUGGGUCUCUGGAUCUCGUCACUGUAUCUCUAUCUACAACCUUGUUUUCCACUUCCUCCACUCUAUCAAACUGUGUGGCCUAAAUGGAAUCAGACAUGAAGGAGUCUGGGUUGUGAGACUGUUCAUUGUUAUACAGAACACUGCUUGGACACACUCCCAUAGGCUGUGGUUGUCUAUUAAUGGUGGUGAUGACAAAUAUAUGGUUCUCUCCUUUUCGUCUUUGAGCAGAUGGCGUCUCUUCAUACUGAUAACAAUGUAACAAUGUAGUGUAAUAUACAAAACUCCCAGUGGAAUCCACUAACAAUGGACAUUAAAAACAAGUCAUUUUCUUUCUGUGCGUAAAUCAAAUGUUAUGAUUUAAAGUGAACAUUUUAUUUUAAAGUUUUAAAAAAAGUAUAGGACAGCAGAAUAUAGCUUUUGAAUGACAGAAAACAGAAUAGUCAUCCACACAAGCCACAGGAUUCCCACAAGUUUAGAACGUGUGGUUUAUUUGGUCUACACAGAAAAUGCACAUUCAACAUUUUACUCAAAGGAACAAUAUCAUCAUCAUUGCUGUUGUGUCACAAUCAUAAUCAAUUUCUUUAGGAUUUUAACUAUUAAUGCCACUAUUCUAUUUCUUAAACAUUCGUUGUCAUACUGUAACACAUCUUCAACAGUAUAUCAAUUGUACUUCUGCUACUCUUGCUAGUACAGUUAUGACUUGUCUUAGAAGAGGAAGAAGGAGUGCUGAGAGCAAAGAAGCCGAGUGCAACGUGGCGUUUCUGACAACGUUAUAGAGACACAGUGUUCUUUUUGGUUAUGGUGUUGUCAACACCUUCUUAGUGGCAGACCUCAGCACUGUAGGCACUUCAUUUGAUCACAGGAAAUGCAGAUGAGGAAAUACAGAUGAGCUUUGUAAUUGACAUAAAUUCAUUGAAAACCCACACUAACACACGGUUAUAUUAACAGUAUUCCACUUUUCAUGUAGCCUCAUUUUGAUCAACCUAUAAGGGCACAGGGCGAGACCCAGAUGCAGACACGGGAGGCAGAUGGUUUGAGUCUCUGAAAUGUAUUAGUUUUCAAGGGGCAGGCAAGAGAAUGGUCGUGGACAGGCAAAAAAAAAAAGAGAGAGAGAGAGAGAGAGUUUAGGUCGUGUUGUUGUCAUGGAACCCUAAAGAGCAGAGAUCAUAAAAUGAAACAGCAGCAGUUGCUAAAUCCCCCUCCUCGUCCUCCAACCUCAUUUCGCUCCCUCACUGUCUCAGGGGCAUGACUCAACACCAGCGGCUCAACUGAAACUCUGCCCAGAAACCUCUCAGUAUGCCAGUGAGCCAGACACAGCCCAGACCACCACAGCCAAACACACAGGGUGGAAGAGAAGGAGAGUGAGUGAGAGACACAGAGUUCUAGGCAAGUGAUGAGAGCACAGUGACUACUUGUCAUUUUAUCUCUCAUUUGGUGAUGUCAGCAGAGCUCAAUCUACUAGACAGAAGCUUGACUGAGUUGAUGGAUACGGGUGCCAUUUUUCUUCAGCAAAACAACCCUGAGAAGUUUGGAGAAACUCCUGAGAAAAAAGAGAAGCCGGAUCUUUAUCACACUUUUGAAUAGACCGUUCAGAUAGGGGCAGAGUUUCAGCCCUGGUCUAAUCUUGUGCAAUGUGAUUCUCAUAGUGAGAUUAUUCUUCACCAUGACAGGCAGACUGCAUCUCCUGAUUCUGGACAUCAACGAGUGUUUGGAGAAUAAGGACACCUGUGGUCCCAAUGCCGAGUGUCACAAUGUGUUAGGGUCCUACUCCUGCAUCUGCAAUGAGGGGUUUGUCUCCAGUACUGGAGUGGAAAGACUUAUAUCUGGCCAAGGAGUCACGUGUGAAGAUAGAAACGAGUGUGUGGACGACAUCACAAUUUGCGGGAAGCAUACACAGUGCGUCAACACACCAGGCAGCUACUCCUGUGUCUGCAAUCCAGGGUUUGGCCUGAAGUCUGGCAAAGCUCAAUUCACAGGGAAUGGAGAAUCAUGUGAGGAAAUAACAGAUCAGAAAGCCACCACAGACCACACAGCAACAACAGACAGUGAGGAUGCUCAAGGUGCUAAAGACUUGUGUAAAAGAAAUAUGUUUAUCUGUGGAGGGAAUGGAACGUGCCAUAAUGCCACCAACAGUGGCCAUCGGUGUGCGUGCCAUGCAGGAUUCACCAACUACGGAGACCCACAGGGGAGAUGUACUGGGUGCGACUACUUCGCGGAGGAGAACAGGAGACAAGACGACUGGAUACGGGACCCCCUUCGAAUGGAGAUGGGAAGCGUCACAUUGCCAAGCAACAAAGAGGAUCUGAUGGUGGAGCUGUCAUUUGAUCACGGACUGAGCAUGCACUUCCCGGAAAUGACACCGCCAAAGUUCUGGUGCAGCGUAAUGGGAUAGUAUCCUGUUCUCGCCUGUCAUGAAAUCAGAAUCAUGCUACCGUUCAGCACUACCUAUCUGUGUGAAAGUGGCUUCUCUGCUAUGGCCGUGCUGAAAACUAAAGUUAUGAUUCACUAUUUUAAUUAUUAUUGUUAAUUAAUCCUGACAUGCAUAUGACAUUUUGGCCACCCGGACUAUUUACACUUCUGCUCCUCGCUGUUUAUUAUUAUCUAUGCAUAGUCACAUUACAAAUGAUCCCGACCUGUAACCUGUACCCCCGCACAUUGACUUGGUACCGGUACCCCCUGUAUAUAGCCUUGUUAUUGUUAUGUAACUUUCUUGUGUUACUUUUAGAUUUUUUUUAUUUAGUAAAUAUUUUCUUAACUCUAUUUCUUGAACUGCAUUGUUGGUUAAGGGCUUGUAAAUAAGCAUUUCACGGUAAGGUCUACCUACACCUGUUGUAUUCGGCGCUUGUGACAAAUACAAUUUGAUUUGAUUUGA